AUGGCUAUAGUUUCCAAGCAUGGAAUCGCUUCUGAAGAUUCUAUCGUGGACUCGCGCUCUAGAAUGGAAUUGAACAGCUUGGAUUUCAUCGAAUCUAACGCCAGAUUUCCCAGAGCCAGCACCACAAACUUCGAUAAAAAUACCAGGCACUACUUUUCAAAUGUACCUCAUGAUAACAAAGAAAAUUUGAAACCGGCAGCUACCGUUUACGGGUCCAGUUCCCGGGGUGCUUCUGAAUCUCAGAAAGGAAACAGCGCCGAGUCACAAACUCCCAAAAAUGGGUGGAAUCCCAACAGAAACACCGUUGUGCGUGGAAAACCUUCUGCUUGUGUGUUUGUGGCUAGUCUCCCUGCCCUUUUACUGGACGAUAGGCUUUGUCGUCUUGUUUCCGACCAUUUCAAGAAAUUUGGAGACGUUUCCUCCGUCAAGGUGUUGAGAGACCCCAUCAACAGACCAUAUGCGUUUGUUCAAUAUACUAAUGACGAAGAUUGCAAGACAGCCAUUGCAUUGGGUCACGAUAGUGAGCUCGGUGGCCGUCAAUUGCGUUGCGAGCCAGCGAAGGUGAACCGCACCCUAUUCUUGAGCUUUUCCGAGCUCGUAGAUAAGAAACUGGUGAGUGAAAUUACCAGCUCAUUUGGUGAGACAGAAUUGGUUCUCAUUGGUACCAACCUGGGUCGUGUUGCUUCCGACUCGCUGCUUCUGAUGUCUCACAAUUGGUUUGUCAAGUUUACCUACAGAGACGAGGCCAUACAGGCCUUUGCUAGCCUCCUGGAGAGAGAGACUCUCCAGGUUGAGUGGGCACAAAAUGUUGAUGACAUUGCUCCCUCGCGUAAUUUGGACCGGAGAUCUAUCUUUGUUGGUCAGUUGCCUGGAGACAUAGGUACCUUGCAGCUUCGGGAGCACUUUUCUGGACAUGGAAAGAUAGAGGAUAUUCAAAUCGUUCACAAAUUAGACCAUUCUUAUGCCUUUAUCACUUUUGCUGAAGAUUUUGCUGCUGCAAGUGCCGUCGCCCAGGAAAGUCAUCUGCUUUUCAUGGACAGAACCAUCCAGGUUAAGUACAAGUACUCUGCACCCAAGAAAAUGCGUCGAGUUUAUUUGUCUCCACGAGUUCCUGUUGCCUUAGCACCACCACCCGUGAAUCCACGCAACCGCUUCUCAGAGGCUUUCUCAAAGUCUGACUGGAGGGAAGAGGCAGCAGCGCCAAGAGCCAGAAGAUCUGAAUUUAGCGCAAGAAAGGGAGAUUUGGGAAAACUCAAGCUUGAUAAUCACAGAUCUACUGACUUCGGUUCCGAUUCUGAGAUGGAUCGUUACUACCUUGUGUCUGAUGUAAAAUAA